AUGGCGUUCUCAAAAUCUCGUGAGGCUGAAAUGGCAGAUUUUCAACCAAAUUUCUCAUUAUCUCCCACCGGCUUCGCUAUCCUCUUCUCCGUCGCCGUCGCGACGUCUUCUUCUUCUAUUGCUUCCCCUCACCGGACUCCGGCAGCUCACUGCCACCGCGGCCUCCGCCUCCUCAACCUCCACAAUUCCCCGAAUUUUCUCUCCUUCUCUGAGCGGAGAUUCAAUCUUAUCACUCCACUAAGAUUAUAUACCAAUAAUGGUGGGGAUUCAAGGAUUGGUGCAGCAACUCAAUUUUCGAUUGGCAAGAAUGAAGAGGAAGGAGAGAGUCGAGAGUUUGAGGAGUAUUUAGCUGAGGAUGGAGAGGUUUAUCAGAAGACUUUGAGAUUGGUGGAGUGUGCAAUGUUUGCAGCUGUUUCGGGAUUGGCUUUUCUCCUCAGCAACUCCCUCGCCAUUGAGAAAUACUUUGCAUGUUUCUUUGCCUUGCCAAUUUUGUUGUCGACUAUGAGAUGGGGCAUUGCAGCUGGUAGGAAAACUAUGGUCGCAACUACUAUAUUGUUGUUUGUCUUGUCUGGUCCAGUUAAAGCAAUGACCUAUUUGUUAUUGCAUGGUUUGCUCGGUUUCGCCAUGGGAACUUUGUGGAGGUCAAAGACGAGCUGGAGCGCCUCAGUCCUUUUAUGUACAAUUGUCCGAGCAACAGGGGCUUUGGGAAAUGUUGUCAUGGCCUCGUACCUUAUUGGAGAAAACAUACUCGCUUUGAUCACGAUUAAUGUCCACGCCCUCGUCACGUUCAUCCUGUCAUCCAUGGGCAUCAUUGCAGUUCCAUCGAUGAGCAUUAUAUACUUCAUAUUCGGGUUCUUGCUUUUGCUCAACUGUGGUUUUUUCGUGUUCUUGCUACACAUUUUAUACGCCAUAUUCUUCACGAGGCUCGGACUUAAAGCUUCCGUCCGGCUGCCUAAAUGGCUCGAGGCUGCGAUAUGAUCUACGGUUUCAUGCCAUCAUGCGUCGACACACACACGUGUGUGUGUGUGUGUGUGUGUAUAUAUAUAUAUAUAUAUAUUGUCGAAUGGAAGACGAUGAUUUUGUAUGGAUCUUUCUUGUUUGUUGCAUAUGGGAGUAGUGAUAGUUCUUGUAGCGUCAAAAAUCAAUUUUAAGGUAUAUUCAAAAUGCAUUUUGCAUUUAAAUAGUAGUUCAAGUGUUUUUUUAAGAAUAGUAUAUUAGGAGUAGGAGGCUUUGUUCUUCUAAUUUUAUUUCUUAUAUGUUUUCCAAAAAAAAAAUUUGAUAUAUUAUAUAUAUUCAUUAUUUUUA